ACAUUUCAGUCGCUGGCCGAACGUCUAGCGGGACAGACGUGUCAGGUGUGGGGUUACGCAUAUUCGUCGCAUAAUGAGCGCCGCUUCCAUACGCUCCUCUCUGAGGAGAACAAAGCAUACGGCUCGCAUUGUGAUCAUCGGCGCCGGCACAGCUGGCAUUGCGGCAGCCACACGACUUCUGGAGCAGGGCUUCAAGCAUGUGCUGCUGCUGGAGGCCGAAGAUCGGAUAGGUGGACGCAUACAUACCAUUCCCUUUGCGGACAAUGUUGUCGAUCUGGGCGCACAGUGGUGCCACGGCGAGCGGGAUAAUGCCGUGUACCAGCGUGUCAAGGACUUGAAUGUGCUCGAGAUUACAGAGGCGCACUAUGAGACCUUCAGGUGUGUGCGCUCCAACAAGCAGGUGCUGCCGGAUGACAUUGCGAACAAUCUGAAAGAAAUCGCGUUUAAUUCGAUUCCGGAACGGCAAACAGAACUUGUCGACUAUCCGGGCUCGCUGGGCGACUAUAUAACCAAAAAGUACUGGCAAGAGGUGGCCAAGUUGCCGCCAAUGAACCGCACCAUUGCCGAGGAGUUUCUGGAAAACUUUCACAAGUUCGAGAGCUCCGUGGAGGCUGCAGAUCAUUUGUACGAGGUAUCGGGCCGCGGACAUUUGGAAUACUGGCUCUGCGAGGGUGAGCUGCUGCUCAACUGGCGCGACAAGGGCUACAAGAGCUUCUUGAGACUACUAAUGAGUGCCAAGAAAGACGAGCCCGAAGAUCUGGGAGUGCUCAAAGGACAUGUGCUACUCAAUAAGCGCGUAUCCGAGAUCAACUGGCAAGGAGCCGAUGAAGUAGUCAUCCGUUGCUGGAAUGGAGAAGUGCUGACAGCGGAUCAUGUCAUCUGCACGGUGUCCUUGGGCGUCUUGAAGGAGCAGCAUGCCAGCAUGUUUGUGCCCGCCCUGCCGGAGGCCAAGGUGCGUGCCAUCAAGGGACUCAAAUUGGGCACCGUCGACAAGCUCUUUUUGGAGUACCCGGUGCCACCCUUGCCCGAAGACUGGCCCGGAUUCUGUUGCCUUUGGCUGGAGGAAGAUCUGCAGGAGCUGCGCGCCAGCGAACGCUUCUGGCUAGAGAGUGUCUUUGGAUUCUAUCCAGUGUCAUAUCAACCACGCCUGCUGCAGGGCUGGAUCAUUGGUGAACAUGCCCGCCAUAUGGAAACGCUCACCGAGCAGGAGGUGCUCGACGGCUUGCUGUGGCUUUUCCGCAAAUUCCUGCCCUUCGACGUGCCCCAGCCGCUGCACUUCCUGCGCACCCAAUGGCAUGCGAAUCCCAAUUUCCGUGGCAGCUACACUUUUCGCACCACCUAUGCGGACGAGCUGCGCACCGGUGCCUGGGAUCUGGAGGCGCCGCUGCUCGACGUCGCCGGCAAACCAAGACUGCAGUUCGCCGGAGAGGCCUCACACAAACACUACUACUCGACGGUGCACGGCGCCGCGGAGACGGGCUGGCGGGAGGCGGAUCGCCUGAAUACCUAUUAUCGCUCGCGAGCCGCCCAGUUAUGAGGCCCUGAUAAGCAACUGCGAUCAAAUUGCGCGUGUUAAUAAAAGUGUUCAGCAAA